CUUCACGACCUCAUGUCUUUCUUGGUCUUUCACCCUAGCAGAUUCCGUCCAUUUAGAUUGCUUGGCGUUUCUUUAUUCAACUGUUAUCCUUAAAAUGUAUAUCAAGUUUUAUACAACUUCUAACACUUAAUUUUCCUUUUAGUUAAUUUUUGCUGCAGUGUUCAUGCACACUGAAUACAAAAUCAGAGAGUUACACCUUAUCAUACUAUUCUAAAUGCGGCUAGCUUCUUUAACCAGUGCAACUGUGUUCUACAAACACACCUGGCUUUUAGCAAGCGAGCAGAUUCUACGCGUGGUGCUGGUUCUCAUAUUAAGUCAAUUCAAGAAUGCAAAUGGAAAAAGAAAUUCGCAAGUUUUUAUGGCUCAAUAGAAACAUUCCUCAUUCUCUAACAGAUUAUCAGGAAUGAAAUAUUAACACUGUUGUUUUUGAAGGGAAGGAGAAAAUAAUAAUAAUAAUAAUCAAAACAUUGAGUAAUUGAAUUCAUUUAAAAAACCCAUCAUUUCCAAGCUAGGGAAAAUGUCCCGUCGCUUCUUCGGUGGAAGUGGGUCAGCUCGGUACCAGCGGCUAAGUAAGUCUGAUGAUGGCUUUGUGGACAUGCAGUUUGAAAAGCCUCCAUCAAAGAUUCCUUACAAGGCAAUAGCUUUGGCUACUGCCUUAUUUGCUGUUGGUACCCUUCUCAUCUCUAUCGGUGCUUUGCUGUUAACAGGCCACAUUAGCAGUGAGUACGCUGACCGUACCUGGCCACUACUUAUCCUUGGUGCCCUUAUGUUCAUCCCUGGCUCCUACCAUGUCAUGAUAGCAUACUAUGCCUACAAAGGUUAUGAGGGAUAUUCUUUUGAGGACAUUCCAGAUUUUGAUUAACUGCAUUUGUAUCCUUGCCACUCAGCAUGCAGCUUUGCUACAAGCCAUAUGGUGGAUGUUCUUGCUUAGAAAUCUUAAGAAGCUUUGAUGUCAGAUAAACACUCUCAUUUCAUUUCAACAUUGAAAUGUUCCCAAAGUUAUACUUGGGUUAGUGGCAACAUGUGUCAGUCAAUGCUACAAAUAUUCUUUUCUACACAAGGCACAAGGCCCUACAAAUAUUAAGUGCAAGUAAUUGUACCCAUCUAUUAUUGGUUAGGCUAAAAAUAUGUUGGCAGGCCAAAUCAGAUAGCCUAAAAGUAUUAUUUGGUAAUAUUUCUGAAAUAUUUUCUUUUUUAAACAGUUUUUUUUUUCAACAAUUUUGUCUGCACACAUGUGCCUUAUACCUGGUUCCAGUAAUGCUUCAGAGGUGGUUGGUAAAUUGUCAUUAUUUAUUUUUAAAUACCUUGGGGGAAAAAGAAAAGUAGCAGUAUUAACAGUCAAGAUAUAACUACACAACAAGAAGCAACAAUAACAUCAAUAACAACUGCAGCAGCAAUAAUCAGCAACAACAAAAAUAACAUGAAAUGACUUGUAAAAGCAUUUAAAAAAAGGAAUAAAAAGACACAACAACAGGAAGUAACUACUAACAUUGCUAGACCGCAACCAUAAUCAGUAUCAUCUAAGAAUUUAGUCAGUGUCUUUUACUGAAAAAUAUAUUCUGACAGCAAAAAAUGCAGAUAUUAAAAGAAAUAUUUUUACAGUAGGGUGAUAAAAAUAUGAGAACCCAGUUCUUCUACUGUCACAUUUUCAUUCUCACUCCCAUAUGCAUUCAUUAUAAUCACAUGGUUCACUUUAUUUAAAGUUUAAACAUUAUUUACAUAGUCAGUUUUAGGUCAACUAAAAUCAAAUUUUUUCUCAAAUAUUUCUAUAGAAAAGAGCUUUUUUCCCUUUUUUUUUUGUACAUUUAGAUGAAGUGGUAAGCCUUGACAUUAGCAGAUCUUCCUAACCUAAUGAGAUUAAUGUGCUUCAGAUUGAACUUGAGUUGUCUGAUGCCAGGGGAAAACUUGUGUAAGGAGCCCUAAUUGGCUACAAUUCUAGGUGUGAAAGGUAGAGAAUGUAUGGGGUUUGGAGGGUGAAACAAAGUAGGGAUUACAAAGAUGGUUGCAGCAGAGAAAGGAAUCAGUAUGAGUGUAGACUAGUUGUUGUAGCAUGUUUGUGUUGUGUAGUAGCUCCAUCCCAGAUAUGCGAUCAGUUUUCAGGUGUAGGUCACACACCUGUUUUGUUGAGAGCCAUAGCUAUUCAGAUGUAGUAAGGAUUAAAGUUGCAAGACUAUUUCCUUAAUAUGCAUACUGAUUGCGUUUUGGUGACUAUGCCUAUAAUCAUACAUGACAACCAAGUAUAAUAAUUUCUAGUCUGGCACAAUGUGUCUAAGUUGCAUGAAGAUGACACCUUUUCAAUAGGGAGUGAAGAAUGGUUAUCAUCUGCAUAGGUGUAUAUAUUGCUAGAAGCAAUGAGAACAUCAUGACCUGCAUGCAAAAUGAAAUUUCCUGGCUGUGCAACAAGUGCAGCAAGACAACAGAUAAAAACCUCAGUGCCAAAUGAUUCCAAAAGGUUCUAUUAAAUAUUGAUUAGGCACUAUUUUUACCAAAUGCCAGAAUGUCAAUGCAUAUCAAAUGAAGGCCUACACUUCCUGAGGCUGCUAUAUUUCAGUAAUAGAAUCACGGCUAUAAUCUAUUGUGCAAUCUGUUGAGAGGGACUGCAUACAUACAGAUGGCGCACUCUGGCCCCUCCUUGAGGAAAUCAAGGAACAGACAGCAACAAAGUGUACACAUUAGCCAACUGCUUUAUCAGCAACAUUGAUAUGUUCUCAAGGGCCUGUAUACAAUAUUAGAUAGUAUGCAGUAAAUGUUUUGUUUUCUACAUUUGAAAACUAUCUAGUGGCAUCAAGGAACAUGUGUAAACAAAUGUUUUAUACCAAACUGGCAACAUAGCAUUUAAGAACCAAGGAAGUUAUCUUCUUUAAUAAAGUGAAGCUGUCAAUCAACAACAGACAAAAGUAGCAUGAAAUAGGGUGGUCAUACACAUAUACACACACUUCCAUGUGAUUGUUUUACAUGUUAGAUAUAGCAGUUAAAUCUUCUUCAAAUUAAACACAAUCAUCUUCAAAAAGGAUGGAUAAUGUAGCCUGGAGAAAAAAUGGGAUGAUCAUAGGUCUGCUCUUUCACAGGACAAACCUUGAGCUAAACAACAAUAAACAGAUAGGGAAAAAUAAAUUUUAUAAGAUAAACAAAGCUGAAAUUGACAUCUGCUGCUUUCCAAUAAACUACAUUUCUAAGUAAAGUACAAUGCUGUUCCAGUGGUAUCACACUUUGCUCCAUAAAGGGAGAAAAUUCGUUGGUGGUGAGAAAUGGUAUUGGUUCUUGUCUGCUGAGCUUUAAAAUUCAUGUGUGACCACACGAAACCUAAUUAAUCCUCCCCAGAGUUGCAACUCUCUGGAAUUCCUUCUUCACUCAAAUGUUUUUCCUGCCAGACUGUAACCUGUAGAGGUUGGAACUGAAGAUAAACUACACUGAUCUCAUCUGGAAGGUCCCGAGCCAUGGGCAGUGUUCCUUCUUCAAUUGACAAAACAAAAAUAUGUACAUAAACCUGUAAGGAAUGAUUAGUAGUUUAAUGGUCACUUAUUUGCGAUUAUGGAGGUGAAUAUGUUUCAUUCUCAUGUGCUGUCUUAUGACAUAAUCAUGUUGUAUUUAUUAUGACUCUGGUGUUAUUUGUAUGAGUGAAUGUGUAUAUAUAUAUAUGGCACUUAUGUACAAAUCAUGGUAAGAUAUAAACCUUAUUUUUCUAUAACUGUAAUAAAUAUAUGAUUA